UAAUUGAUAAAAUCAGAAAACUUGAGAUUCACGUCACUCAAUUGAGGAACGUCAUUAAUAACAAGUCGAAUAAACCAACUUCUUUCGAGACUGACCAUCUUGACCAUCCGAGAAAGCGACUUAAAUUGGAAGGAGGUGACGAUGAUGACACCAGGUUGGAAAACCAACCAUGUUCAUCACACAAGAAGGACAAGGCCAAGGUUCACAGGAAGUUUGACUUCUCCACGCGUCAUUGUGUUUAUCCUUACACUUUUCCCAACUUUCCCAUUGCAAACCUAUUGUCAAGAUGACUAUAUCGACUUUACUGAUAUGGGUUCGUAUGAUCACGGAUCACAACUUAAUAAAAUUAUUGAUACAAGUGUUGAAGAGCAUACCAAAGUUAGUUUAGCCAUAAGACAGGAUCAAAUCGCCUUGGUUGGAAUUGCAGUUGACAACGGGUCUCGACCUAUGAAAUUUUUACAACGGGUUGUGAAAUCAAUUUUGCGCCAAAUGAACGUCCAGUCUCACACAUUUGGUCCUGGUGAAGCCAUAACUAUCGACCUUCAAGCAGAAAUAAAGUAUAAUGACUACGUUAUUUUAAAUAAGUUUGUCAACUCUGAAGAACAGGAGGAAUCGGAUAAAUAUUUAAGCAAAGUGGACGAUGUCAUGUCCAAUUUAAUCCAUGUUGUAGAGCAUAGCAGCUCGAGAUUUGACUAUGCUGAAUAUAUCUUUAAUUUACCCAUUUUCUCUAGUUUAAAGUUUUGGCUGGUGUUAACAACAAUGUCCGUCGUAUGCUUUCUCAUCGUCAUGCUAUCUUUAAGGACUAUUCAUGCAGCAAAUAAUGUAUCAAUGUUGUUAUACGGCUUCUUGAUCAUCUUUAUAUUGAGCUGUAUUUGGACAUUUUCCUACAUGUAUGAGGAUGCGAAAGCAACGAAUUAUGCGAAACUAGUACAAGCUCAAAACCCUCCAAAAGACUGCGAGUAUGAAAAUUUAAGUUUUCGAGACUCUGUCUCUUACUUUUUUCGAGUACAGUUAUUUGGAUAUAAAGAUCAGUGCGAACAGUAUUACAGUACGACCAUGACAGAUCCAUUUUGGAGUGUAAAUCCCCUAGAAGCGAUUAGCCAAUCAUUUACUGUACUAGUCUUCGCACCUUUUGGAUACAUUGGAGACAAAAUAGGUCUUUUCUUUAAAGGAAUAAUAUCGGGAAUUCCAUUCUGGCUACAACCAUUAUUAGUUCUCCUCAUAUUUGGGUUUACAUUUAUGAGUCUAUUUGGAUAUCGUGUCGUCAGCCCGCUAUUCACCAUUGAGCCUGCUAGAAGAGGAGACAAUUGUGGACCUGCACCUUCAGGUAGUCCUGCAAUUACUGACAGAAUCAAAAACGAACUCGUUGAACGACCUGAAAGAAAAGUGAUGAAGAGUAUCCGUGACGCCCAGACAGACAUGGACGGAUUCGAAAAUUAUCUCGAUGGGACUGAUCAAGCAGAAAUGCGUUCAUCACGGCGUCCUUGGUUGCCACUUUGCAUUAUUUUUGAGAGGAUUUCAGCACUUUGGUUUUUCAUUGUUAACUUGUUGGAUGCAAUUCUGCGACAGUCUCCUACAGGAGGCGAAGUUCCUGAGCCUCAAGAUGAUAAUAAUGAAGACAAUUUCAACUUUGGUAACGAAGAAAUUCCAAUAAUUCCAAAUCCAGAGCCGGCAGCUGGUCCUUCACCCCCUUUACAACAACGUAUCGGAAUUGCAGACGUAUUUAUCCCAAGACGAAGAAUGCAUAUUGGUCUCGAAGGCUCGAAUGUGGACAAAGAAAAUUUGAAGCCUUCUUGUUCAAACUUACAUUCUUCUAGGAUGUCAACCAGUCACCCUUCUUGUGAUCAUCGCAGUAGAAAUAACAGUAGUAGUUCUGAAGACGAACGUGAUUCAGAAGGAAAGUGAAAUCAUCGAAACUGAAUAUUUUGUUUUGAACUUAAUUGGUCGCGAAACUUUCGACCUGCUUUAUAUAAAUAAAUACCCGUAAUUGUUGUAUAGCUUUUGAGCAUGAUUGAGUUCACACACGUUUUAUUAUCGAGUUAUCACUAUUAUUAAUUAUUAUUAUGCUUUAUGCAGAUGCUUACAUAUAUACAUAAAUUGUUUAUUAAAUAAAUAAAAAAUUGAACCUGAAAUAAAGUAACCUAGCCUCAAA